GAUGAGCAAGUGGGUAGCCGUUGGACUUACUGGACAAGCAGGACAGAGCACCUCUGGGACAGGCCCCUGCCUGGGCCCAAGAGGAGCCAGAAGUCAUGUGGGUGGCUCUGGGCAUGCUCUGGCUCCUCGCACUUGGGGGACCUCACCAGGCCUGGGGCUUCUGUCCUUCUGAAUGCAGCUGCAGUCUGCGCAUCCUGAGUGACGGCAGCAAGGCCAGGACAGUGGUGUGCAACGACCCUGAGUUGACUCUGCCCCCAGCUUCGAUUCCUCCGGACACCUGCAAGCUGCGCUUAGAGAGAACCGCCAUCCGCAGGGUGCCGGGUGAGACCUUCAGGCCUCUCAGCCGCCUGGAGCAGCUGUGGCUACCUUACAACGCUCUCAGUGAGCUUAGUGCCCUCAUGCUUAGGGGCCUGAGACGCCUACGAGAGCUGCGGCUGCCUGGGAACCGCCUGAUCACUUUCCCCUGGGCUGCGCUGAGAGACACUCCGCAGCUGCAGCUGCUGGACCUGCAGGCCAAUCGCCUCUCGACCUUGCCACCCGAAGCUGCACACUUCCUGGAGAACCUCACUUUCCUGGACCUGUCCAAUAACCAGCUGAUGAGGCUUCCCGAGGAGCUACUGGACGCGUGGGCUCACCUGAAGACCGGGCCCUUCCUUUCCGGCCAUCAUGCCAGGCUAAUCUUAGGGCUUCAGGACAACCCCUGGGUGUGUGACUGUCGGCUCUAUGACCUGGUUCAUCUUCUAGAUGGCUGGGCUUCUUCAAACCUGAUCUUCAUCGAGGCUAGACUGAGAUGUGCCAGUCCACGCAGCCUGGCUGGAGUGGCCUUCAGCCAGCUGGAGCUAAGAAAGUGUCAGAGCCCAGAGCUCCGUCCAGGGGUGACCAGCAUCAUAUCCCCUUUGGGUAGCACAGUGUUGCUACGUUGUGGAGCAACUGGGAUCCCAGGACCUGAGAUGAGCUGGAGAAGGGCCAAUGGACGACCAGUCAAUGGCACAGUACACCAGGAAGUCUCCAGUGAUGGCUCAAGUUGGACUUUGCUAGAUUUGCCUGUUGUGUCUCUCUUUGACUCUGGGGACUACAUCUGCCAAGCCAAGAACUUCCUGGGAGCGUCUGAAACCCUGAUCUCCUUGAUUGUCACUGAGCCACAGACUUCUACCGGAUACAGUGGGAUUCCAGGUGUCCUGUGGGCAAGGACAGGGGAGGGGGCAGAAGCUGCUGCCUACAACAACAAGCUGGUGGCCAGGCAUGUUCCUCAUAUGCCCGAGCAUGUAGCCCUGGCUACCAAGCCCUCAGUGCCCAGCAUAAAGGAAGAGCUGGCUCUCCAGAACUUUCAGAUGGAUGUCCCAGGAGAGCUCUCCAGAGAGACACCAGAACACCAGGAGGCACAGAUGGUCAGGUCUCUCAAGGUAGUAGGAGAUACUUACCACAGUGUGUCUUUGGUGUGGAAGGCCCCUCAAGGUGGGAACACAACUGCCUUUAGUGUCCUUUAUGCAGUCUUUGGGCAGCGAGACAUGAGAAGGAUGACUGUGGAGCCUGGGAAGACUAGUGUCACUAUUGAGGGACUUGCUCCAAAGACCAAGUAUGUGGCAUGUGUCUGUGUGCGGGGCCUGGUGCCUACGAAGGAACAAUGUGUCAUCUUCUCUACUGAUGAGGUAGUGGAUGCAGAGGGCACCCAGCGACUCAUCAACAUGGUGGUGAUCAGCGUGGCCGCCAUCAUCGCGCUGCCUCCCACCCUGCUGGUUUGCUGUGGGGCUCUCCGAAGACGCUGCCACAAGUGCCGCACUGGGGGUUCUGCAGAGGCCUCUGGGGCCUAUGUUAAUUUGGAAAGACUGGGCCAUAGUGAGGAUGGUUCAGAGGUGCUGUCCAGGAGCAGCCUCAGUGAGGGAGAUAGGCUUCUCUCAGCCCGUUCCAGCCUGGACUCCCAGGUCUUGGGUGUCAGGGGUGGCAGACGCAUCAAUGAGUACUUCUGCUGAGUCUGAGUCCCCGCUCACACCUGCCAUCCCUCUUCAGUCUCAUAUACUUACUUUUACACCUGACUGUGUGCUCAGUCACCCUGAUUGUUUGGAUACUUGGCAACUUGUCCAUUUACAUCAACAAUAGUUAACACAGGGUUUUAAGCACUUACUGUGUGCCAGCAAGCAUCCAAAGGACUUCAUAGGUAUUUACUCACUUAACUUUCAUAAUAACCAUUCAGAUCAGGCAUCAUUUUUCUCUCUAUUUUCCAGGAGAAGAAACAGCUGUUGAGUAUUUAGCUUGUAUCGGUCAGAUUCUGCGUCUAACAAAUGAAAGCAAAAACUCUGGUAUGCAUCACUUAGAUAUGUAUUUUUACACUAUGUGUCUGUAGGUUGACUGGCAUGGCUCUGCUACAUGUGUUCCACUGGGGCUCAGAGGUGGAGAACAACAAUGGCUACUUGGGGCAGACGUUUCUCAGAUGCCAUAAGAGGGAAGAGCAAAACCAUGCAAUGCCUCUGAAUGUCUUCAUGUGAGACUGGCAUGUUGCUGUUGCUCAUGUCCAUAUUGUACCCGCCAAAGACAGUCUCAUGGCCAAAGACAAUGUUAACGAGGCAAACAGAGACACUAAUCCUCUGAAGACGGUGAUGGAAGACAACACAUUUUCAGAACAAAUUUACUACAUGGCCCACUUAUAGUACUGCCACUGGACAAUGGACAGCUUUGGACCAGGCAGUUGGACAAUUGGUUCUACUGAAAAGUCUUUACCAACCUCUAUACUAUUACAUCAUGUUUUCACUUAUACCAGUUCAUGCACACAUAUACACAGGUUCUCUAUACAUUAGCCAUGUUUUUGAACACAUGCACACUUCAUCUACAGGCACCCCCCUCAUUGAAUUCUAACAUUUAUCCUUUGGGGUUCUUGGAGAUAAUCUUGGAGAAAUUCUUGGAGAAUUUACUUGUAAUAAAUCCUAAGGACUGCUGCUCUUUUAUUCUCAGUAUGCCAGACUGGAGAGAGCCAAGGGGUUUCUACAACUGAGGGCACCAUCAUAGUCAGUCUUGUCUCACACCCAGCCCAUGUCCAUGGAGGAGCCUUUUCAGGGUUUUCUGAAAUUUUCUUGGUUUUGGAGAGUAUGUAGGAGCUUUUCUUGGUCACCAAGCUAGUAGCAGGAGAAUUCUUGCUGAGUUUCGCCUGUGGCAGAGACUGCUGAGAUGCUUGGGCACAGGAGUGAGUGAACGUUCCUACUGAAAACUGUUUAUUACUUGCCUACUGAGAAGAUGGGUAGCACGUCCUUUGGUAACAACUGUGGACUUCCACAGUCAGAAGUGAUCCAAGGAAAGUAUUUAACCAGUAUCACUCAAGAUAAUUGAUAUCAUGUGAAUAUUGACUGGAUGUAGAUCCCCUUAUUAUUUCCAAAAGACCUCACAACAUGCCCCUAACAGCCCAUUCUAGAGGUUGGUAUUUUUGAUUUUUGAUUUUACAGAUGAGGAAACUAAGAACCAAUUAUAUGUAUAGAAGGGAGAAAUGGAUUGUCUUUGGAAUCCAUGCCUUUGACAACUUUUUGGAUGCUAUGUCUUACUCAUUAAUGAUCUUUGAAGUAUAGUCCACAGAAGACUUACUAUGAAAACUAAAUUUUUGGUAGUCACUGAAACCUGGAAUCAGAACCACAAGAACCCAGGUGCACAUGGACAUUAGAGUCACCAAGCUUUAUAUUUUUCUGUCAGCUCCAUGAAGGUUGUAUUUGAUUAUAACUUGUGGGUCAUUACCAUUAGCAAGAAAAGCUACUUGGUUGGACAGUAAUGGCCUUGUCUGCAUCAGGGAUCAACAUGAUAUUUUUUGGCAAACAAAACUUGAUAAUGAAUAUUACAAGCUCUGUCAUUGCUAAUGGAAUGGGAAAAAAAAAACCAAUAUACUACAGGUGAGUUAAUGGGCAUGGAUGUGAUCCAAUAAAAUGUUUACACAAAUAGAUAACAAACUGGAAUCAAUAUCCAACUAGCUUUACUGCACUUUGUAAAAGGAAAACCAGGAACUUGAAAGCAAAAAAUAUAUAUAUAAGUAAUACACCCAAUAUUGACUGAGAGACAGAGGAGGAGAAAGGAGAGGAGAAAGAGAAAAAAAUAGGGAUGGGGUCAAAUUUUCCAGCAGUCUAGGAGGGCUGCCUUCAGGGUGUGGGUGAUCAUUGCCUCCAAGAUGUCCAGACUCUUAAUCUCAAUGUAUCAACUUUCCUACCUGUAUUCUGUCUUCCCUGAGUUUUCUCUUGUAGGGAACAGUCAUUCUGGCGUGUUCUUGUGGGUAUGUAUGUUACUAAAACAAACUCCUCUGACAAAUGAAUAAAUAAACGGUAUGUGAUUUA